UUGGAAGACCUAGUUGAAGCGGGUGGCGGCGGAGCCGAGUCCCCCCCCCGCCUCGAAAAUCCAAAACAAGGAAAUGGUGCCCAGUGCGGUGGCCUCGUGCCCCUCUACCUGACGGCCGUGUGGCCGCUGCUACAACCAGCGCCGCCCCUCUCUUCCCCCGUCGCUUCUCCUUUCGGCCAUCCCUUCCAUGGGUGAGAGACAUGGACUACGAGUUCAAAUCCAAGCUGGCGGCCGAGCGCGAGCGGGUGGAGGACCUCUUUGAGUACGAGGGUUGCAAAGUCGGGAGAGGGACCUACGGGCACGUCUACAAAGCGCGGCGCAAGGACGGAAAAGAUGAAAAGGAAUAUGCACUGAAGCAGAUUGAAGGAACAGGGAUAUCCAUGUCAGCAUGUAGAGAAAUAGCACUUUUGCGAGAACUGAAGCACCCUAAUGUAAUUGCAUUGCAGAAGGUUUUCCUUUCUCAUAGUGACAGAAAGGUGUGGUUACUUUUUGACUAUGCUGAACAUGAUUUGUGGCAUAUUAUCAAGUUCCACCGUGCCUCAAAAGCAAACAAAAAACCCAUGCAGCUGCCAAGAUCCAUGGUCAAAUCUCUUCUGUAUCAGAUUCUUGAUGGAAUUCAUUAUCUCCAUGCAAAUUGGGUACUUCACAGAGACUUAAAGCCAGCAAAUAUUCUGGUAAUGGGAGAAGGUCCUGAAAGAGGAAGAGUAAAAAUAGCUGAUAUGGGGUUUGCAAGAUUAUUCAAUUCUCCCCUUAAGCCACUGGCAGAUCUGGAUCCAGUUGUGGUAACAUUUUGGUACAGAGCCCCAGAAUUGUUACUUGGUGCAAGGCACUACACAAAGGCUAUUGAUAUAUGGGCCAUUGGCUGUAUAUUUGCUGAAUUAUUGACUUCAGAACCUAUCUUUCAUUGUCGUCAGGAAGACAUCAAAACGAGCAAUCCUUUUCAUCAUGAUCAACUCGAUCGCAUAUUCAGUGUAAUGGGAUUCCCUGCAGAUAAAGACUGGGAAGACAUUAGGAAGAUGCCAGAAUAUCCUACGCUACAAAAAGACUUUAGGAGAACAACAUAUGCCAAUAGUAGCCUCAUAAAAUAUAUGGAAAAACACAAAGUCAAGCCUGAUAGCAAAGUAUUUCUUUUGCUUCAAAAACUUCUUACUAUGGAUCCUACAAAAAGAAUUACCUCAGAGCAAGCUUUGCAGGAUGCUUACUUCCAGGAGGACCCAUUGCCUACAUCAGAUGUUUUUGCAGGCUGCCAGAUUCCUUAUCCAAAACGAGAAUUUCUCAAUGAGGAUGAACCUGAGGAAAAGGGGGAUAAGAAUCAACAACAGCAGAACCAACAUCAGCAACAAACAGCACCUCAGCAGCAAACAGCACCUCAGCAGCAGCAACAGCAGCAGCAACAACAACAACAGAACAGCACCCAGACAAAUGGAACUGCAGGGGGUGGUGGAGCAGGAGGUGGUGGCACUGGGGCAGGCCUCCAGCAUAGCCAGGACUCCAGUCUCAACCAGGUGCCUCCAAAUAAGAAACCACGCAUUGGUCCUUCAGGCGCUAAUUCAGGGGGGCCUGUCAUGCCUUCAGAUUAUCAGCACUCCAGUUCCCGCCUGAGUUACCAAAGCAACAUUCAGGGAUCUUCUCAGUCCCAGAGUACAAUGGGCUAUUCUACGUCAUCUCAGCAAAGUUCUCAGUACCAUCAGUCCCACCAGUCUCACCGGUACUGAAGGGACCACAUAAGUGGGUGUUGUAAAAGAAUGAACGAACAGCCAGCGGACUCCAGCAAUAUGAAGUUCCAUGAGAAGAACCAAAAAUGCAAACUGUGAUGCAGAUUUUUGAAAUUACAGUUAUAAAAGGAAAACUUGGAUUUACUAAGUGUUUUUAGACAAUAAACAGUUCUUAUCUUUUUUUUUCUCUCCCCCCCCCCUUUUUGGCCACAAAAGAGAUUCUUGUGAAGUUUCCCCUCAGCUUGAUUUUGCAUGUUUUCCAUUGUGGUUACUCGAAAGAAAACAUCUGAUCUGAACCCAGCACUUAAACUUCUUUACUACGGAAUUUUUGAAAGAUUCCUGGUGCACCUUUUUUGUGUUGUAGUAAUUGCCAUAAAUUUUACCUUUUUCCAAAUCCCUUUACCAGGAUUUUAAAGUUUUAGAAUCUUGAAUUCCCAGGCUUUUCAAGCUUGUAUAUAGUUAAUUUUUUUACUAGGCAAACCCGUUUAGCUAUACAGGUAUGAUGCACCUUUUAAAAGCACUAUGUUAUUUUCACAGGAUAUUACUGUUUUGCUCACAGAUGUCAAGAACAGCAGAUUUUACUGUUCCAGAGUAUUUUAAUAUUCUCUUUUUAUUAGUCUAGUUUUGAGAUGAGGUCUUUAAAAAAGAAGAAGAAAAGAAAAAUAUACUACCCAAGUCUCUGUAGCAGCUAUUACAUGUUUCUUUGGACUGAAAACCAAACAGAAGAUGAUGAAUGUUUGUUUUCAGAUGAGAAUCCCACAGAUCAUUUAUCAUUAUCUUCCAAGUGGCUUAAGCUUUGCUUUACAUAUAGGCACGAAAGCAGAGGGGCAGGCAAAUACUUACGUGGGUCCAGUAGAUCAAGACUUUGCUAUACGGUCUAUUCUGGUGGCCAUCUGUACAUGCAGUGCAUCUCUGCUCGUAAUCUGUGUUUUGCGACUCUGUUUCAGAAAUUCAGGAUCAAUGGAAGAAAGGGCAAAGAAGGAGACUGCUACUGCUUUCAGGGGUUUGGGGUACAAGGUGUGCUGUUUAAUAUAUAUGUAGUCCACUUUUUAUAUUGGUUGGUUGGUUUCUGAUGUAGCCUUCCAUUGUUAAAUUUUGGUUCUGAAACUUGCAGCAAAACAAAAACAAAAAUGCUGCAGCACCUUAAGAAGCUAAGAGUUUUGUUGCGGCAUGAGCUGCUGCCUACUUACAGAACACUUGCAAUCAUGAACCUUGACAAGCCAUUACUAUUAUUAUUGUUGUUAUUAUUAAUAUUAUAUUACUUUAUUAAUAUGUUGUUUUUCUUAUACCUUCAUGAUCCAGUUGAACCAGAUCAAAUAUUGGAAAGAGAAACUGUUAAACGUGUUGGAAAUCAUGGCGCCAAACUGCUCUGCAGGCAGAGCGCUCCAUGGUUGCUCCAACAAUCCCCAGAUUACAAUUACACAAACUGGAAUUCACCCCAUUAAAUAGAAUGGGCCUUAGGUGUGCACAUGGGGAUAAUGGAUGUCCCUUUGCACAACAUGUAUACAAACACACCUGCACCUGCAGCAAACAGCAUUUUGGCCAGUGCCCUGAAGAUGUUUAGCAUUCUCAUGCCCCAGAAGUGUUUUAUGUAGUCUUACCGUUGCUGUGAUUAAUUCAGAUGGGCUGCACUAGGUCAAAUAUUGCUGUCCUGCAGUAUCUCUUCCUUCAGGUCACCCAUGCAGCAGUUGUACUGAAGUUGUACUAAAGAAAUGAGGAUGAACUGGAUAGCCAUCAAACAGGGGAAAUAUCAGUGUUCAUUAACAUUAUCUGUGAUCAGAGGCAACAAUACUUUGAGGCAGCUCCUUUUUUCAAAGAGGCCUUGAACUACAGCUUGCAUGCUUUAUUCCACGCUGUAGCAUCCAGUUUAGCAUACAAUUCAGCAAAUUAAGAAUCUUGAGAUUUUCUUUUGGUUUGUUUAUUUAAAGCAGUUUUCUCGCCUUUUGCAAAUAGGCUUAAAAGUUUGCAAGCAGUUUUUAUUGAAACAUAGAAUAUGGAGGAAUAGAGCUGAAUAGAAUUUCCAGAGGCUAAAGCUUCAAUUCUGAGUAAUUCCUUCCCUUUCUGAAAAGCAAAAUAAAUUACUGAACAUAUGUACUAAUUUACAUUAUUAAUGUAGACUACAACAUUCAGUUUUUUGUAUGGAAUUUGGGUUAUCAUGAUGCAGACGUUUUUAAGCACACACAGCCCUAACCGUAUUGCAC